CUUAAAAAUGCAGGAAUAUAGCGACCAAGUUGAAACCAACUCUAUCAUUGAAGAAGUCAGCACUCUGGAAUACAUGAAUAGUACUAUUAGAGAUAACUUUAUUCGGAGGAUAAGUUACUAUGAGCCACAAAGAAAAUAUUUAGCAGUCCUAGUGCUGUUAUUUGGAGUCCUGAUUGGUUAUGCCUUAUCAAAACUUUGGUAUUAUUUAUAUUCAGAGACUCCAGAGCCUGUUUCUACUAAGACAGAUAGUAAAUCUCCUGAUAACCUCAAAUCAGAAAUUGUGUCUACCAUUAAUGGGUAUAUUGAUGCUGAAAACACUUUAAAGAUUCUAGGAAAAGUGGAACUCUCCCUGUACACUUUUCUGUCAUUAUCAGUGCUCUUGUUCUUAUAUACUGGGAAGCCACAAUUCUUAAUUGUUAGCCUGGCUUGAUUCCCAGUGUUUUAUCUGUUCGUAGAAGGACCUGUAAAGGGAAGAUAUAGGAAGUUAGAGACUAAAGGGCUGAAACUAGUGGAAUUAUGCCAAGAAACUAAUGAAGAGAAAGUUUUCUUGGGAACUCUAGAUCGAUAUUUAAAAAGAGCGAUUAGAGUUGAAUGAGAGAUGGAAUAUGAAGAAAAUGAAGAAAAAAAUUUGUUAGGAUGAACGAGAGAAUGACGUGAGGUGUGAAAAUUAUUGAAAGAAGAUAUUGAAAGACAUCGAGAAGUUCUCAAAAAUAUUCAAGAGUUCUUUAAAAAAAAUCAUAAAUCAGACAAAAAUUGGACAAUAGAUUUCUUUCAAAUGCUUAAAUAUCAAUUUAAAGAAUUUGAUGAUUCUGGCUCUAUUCUUGAGAAAAAGAAAAAUGAAUGGGAGCAGAAAUUGUUUGAAAUCAAAGCCAACAAAGUCCUUGCUAAGAAAAAGACCGAACCAGGUUUCCUUGCUCCUAAAUCUCAAAGACCUCAGAAAGUCCGCAGAUUGAUCCGGCGUAUUGUCAGAAAUGUAGCUCACCAUGGGGUUUAA